AAACUUAGUUUAUGUCUUGAUGAAUAUUUGGUUCGAUGAACAAAUGUCCAAUUCUAGGGAGUUACAACAUCUAAGGACUAUAAACGAUGGUAGAAUGUCUGGAAGAAAGCACAGACGAGACAAAAGUGAAAUUAGCUGUUGUUUAAAAUAUUUAAUUUUCGGUUUUAAUGUAAUAUUUUGGUUAUUAGGGUUAGGUAUCUUUAUUGUUGGAAUAUGGGCAUGGACAGAGAAAGACAUUUUUAAUAAUCUUAGUCGGUUAACAAAUAUAACCUUGGAUCCAGCAUUUGUAUUUAUUGUCUCAGGUGUUAUCACAUUUACGAUUGGAUUCACUGGUUGUGUUGGAGCAUUGAGAGAAAAUACUUGCCUCUUGGCUUCUUAUGCAAUAUUUUUAGCUAUUUUAUUGCUGUUAGAGAUGACAGCAGGAACUCUUGGUUUUAUUUUUAAAGAUUGGAUUAAAAACCAAGCUACAAAUGGCUUCCAAGCUUUCAUUGUCCAUUAUAGAGAAGAUCCUGACAGACAGAAUCUAAUAGAUUGGAUACAAGAGCAAUGGUUGGAAUGCUGUGGCAUUGAAGGACCAAAAGAUUGGGAUAUGAAUGUAUAUUUUAAUUGUUCUAGUAUUGAUGUUGGAAGUCGAGAAGCAUGUGGAGUACCUUUCUCUUGUUGUAAACCUCAGCCAAAUGAAAUGAUUAAGAACAAGCAGUGUGGUUAUGAUGUCAGAAAGCAAGACUAUGAGCGUGACAGGUCACGUGUCAUAUUUGAAAAAGGUUGCUUACAGUCAGGUGAAGAGUGGGCAGAAAAGAAUCUGUUGCCCUUGGCUGGAGUUGUUCUAGCCAUUGCAUUUGCUCAGAUUUUAGGUAUAUGCUUUGCCCAGAAUUUACGAGCCGACAUUUUUGCCCAGAAAGCGAAGUGGCACUGACAAAUAAUGUCAGCAAGGUCUCACCACCUUUGCUGACAAAAAAUCAAGAAUUCAAUCAGUGUGAAACUUUUUGAGUAAAAUUUAUGAAUACUGUACAAUUUCAGAGAACUCAGUUUUGAGCUCAACUGCAGCCAUACAGCUUAAUUAUAUUAGGCAACAUGGCAUUUUCCUGACAGAUUUUAAUUACCUUUUGCUUGCCCUAUGAUGGGUGUAAAUGACUUCUCAUUGUCACGUGAACAAAUACACUUUAUCAACAUAGUGACUGAAAUAGCAGCUGUUGUGCUGGAAGAUACCUUUUUGUACAGUGUGGUUUAUUUAGAAUUUUGCAUUAAAUUUCCUGAAAGAAACUCAGCAUGGUCUGUAACUGUGAUGUGAAAUGCUGAGUCUUUAAUAUUUAAUUCUAGACAUAACAAAGACUGACUGAUAAACUUGGAUUCUGUUGAGAAGUAGUUUUAUUUUCUGAAAAGAAAGAACAAAAGACACUUAAAACAAGGUUUGUUCAGAAAGAGGGGGGAAAAGAAAUUUCUUUAAGCUUUUUCAUAUGUUUAAGCUUUUGCUGAUAAUAUUGAGAUAUAUGAUUGACAUGCUGAAAAGUUUUGAUGUUUAUUUUAUGUAUUACAAUCUGUGAAACUGUAUUUACAGUUUGUACUUGAUAAAUAUGUAUUUGUGUGUAUUUAUUUUUAUUUUGUAUAGCUUCUGAAAUUAUAUUAUUUUAAUGAAUAUUUCAUGGUCAUUUAAUUAAUUGUAUUGUCAAAUUAAUAAUGCUAUGUAAACAUGUAAUUUAAAGGAUGCUUUUGCAUUUUUCUAGAAGAUUUCAACAUGCAUAUGAAAUUAAUGGAACAUGUGCAUAUGAUUGAACAACUAUUUAAAAAUUGUACUUUGCACAUUAUAUUCAUUAUUUCAUGUUUUUAAUGCAACUUUAGUAUUUUGUAUUUUAAAGAGUUAAAAUUAUAGAAUGGUGUAUUUGAAAAAUUCUUUCUUAAAUCAAAUAUUUUAAAACUUAUUUUUAAGUCUGAAAUUUACUUUUGAAUGUCGAAAAAAUAUAACAAAUGGCAUUUUAGUUAAUUGUAGUGUGCAAUCUACUGCUUUUAAUUGAUAGUUAUUUUUUAGAUCAAGGUACUAAACUUGAUGUUGUUUUAAUCAUUUCCUUUUUUCACUCUUUUAUCACAUGCUCAAGUUUAAAAAUAGCAUUAUAGUGACACAAUCUCAGAAAGAAAUAAGUAACUAAAAGUGGUGAAUGAUUACCAAAUUUUGUAACUAGUUUAACUAUCUUCAUAAUAAUACAAAUGUAAUCAACAUUUCCAUCAUUUGAUAUUUCCAGAUACUUAAUAGAGACUCAAAAAGGGAAAAAAAAUUAAAAUAAUGUAGUGGAAGAAUUUUUUAAAUUUUAGACAUAAUAUAUUUAUUUAUUUUACUAAAAUUAUAUUUAAUUUUUUGCAUUUUAUUUAGUUUAAUUUAAAUUUUGCUCUCCAUGUAUUUUUGAGGACCAAAUGGUAGCUAACAUUUGCUUUGUAAAAACCAUAUAUAAUCAUGCUAUUGUGAAAUUUUCUAAUUUCAGGUUGUUUUCCUUUAAUAAAUAUGAGCAAUAUGAACAAUAUACUAUGUAAUACCAGCACCUUUAUUAAGGUAUUUCAAUUAUAAUUAAAUACUCAUAUAUAAUUCGUUUUUAUUUCUAUGAAUUAUUAUUUGCAUAAAAUGUUAAUGAAUAUCUAUGCUUGUAUGAGUUUGCAUUUAAAUGUAUUUGAACAUAUUUUGGAAAACUUUAUUAGUAUUUGCCAAGUUUUUCUGAUUUUUAAUUCUUGUGUUGAAUUUUAAACAACUUUUCUAUAGUGGUUCCCAAUCUGAAUUUUAAACUACUUUUCUGUGGUGGUUCCCAGUCUAAUUACAACUUCAAAGUUAUAUAUCUUCAAUGAGUGUGUCUGUAAUUUCUGUUAGUUUUUGUUUAAGUAAUUUUUUGGAUUAAUUUGUUAUGCUUUACGUUCAUUUGUAUAUUCUUUUUUUCUUAAGAUGCAGAUCAAUGAUAAAGCUAGCUCAAGAUUAUAAACUUCAAUUAAGUCAUGAAAAAUCAAAAGCAAGACAAAUUACCAACUUUGUAGGUUCCUUCAGUAACAUUAGGAAAUACAUUAUAAAACCGAGAAAAUGGUAACUUUCACCGUUGAAAGGCUUUGCAAUAUGGAAGUUAAAAAUGCCCAGUAAACGAAAUAAUUUUUUUAUUUCAAAUUGUCAUAACUUUUUUCAAUGAAAUAUUUCACUUUACAAAUUUUAGGACUUUUUGACAAAGAUGUGAUGAGCAGUCUUUAAAAAACACUGCCUGUCUAUAUCCUGUGCAUAUAUUAUCUUACCUAUUAUAUGCACUUCAAGUAUUGCAAAUGCAAAUAGUAUAGAUUUUGUAGUAUUUAUAUUAUUGAUUAAUUGCAAUUUCCUUAGCUUAUAUUAAUAAUAAACAUUUAUAAAAAGUAAAAUAAUGUUUGUAAAAGAGAUAUUUCUUCAAAUCUAAAAAACUUAAUGACUGCAUUUUAAACAAUUUAUGAUAUCUCAUUAUUGGUCAUCAUAUUAUUUAUUCUCAUCUAUAAGAACUUUACAGAAGAAAUUUCAGAUAAUAUAGGAUAUACAGAUUAGUUAUAAAAUAUUCCCAGAUUUUUAUAAUGCUUUUGUAAUAAGAAAAAAUUUAGAAUAAUUACAGAAAAACCACAAUUUUUUGGCAACUUUCUCGACAAAUUGAAAUUUGCAAACUGUGUUGUAUUCUUGACUAUGUGAUGCCUUAGCACAGUGUUGGUUUACUGGCAGCUUAAUUUGCUGUAAACACAUCAUUAUGAAGGUUAUAGCAGCUAUCUUAAAAUGCAGUUAAAUUUAAAACUAAAAAAUAAUUAUUACUUAAUGUCUGCAGCUUUUCUUCUUUGGAAUAUUUUUGAAUUUUUUCCAGUGCCAAAAUUAUUUUUAUAACUGUUUCAAAAUUUGUGCAUAUUUAUACUGUUUUAAUUUUAUCUAACUAAAUUGUUAUGCUAGAAUUCUACUUCCAAGCUUUAUUUUAAAUAUGCUGUAUUUUGAAAACAGAUUUUUUAAAGUUCUUUCAUUGCAAAAUUUUGCUGUUAAAAGGUGACACUGAUCAGUAAUAUUGCAGUAUUUUAUAAUUUUAGUCUUUCCCCCAAAAAAAUGUUUCUGCUACUAUAUGUUGUAUAAUAAAUGUCAUACGGCCAGGUUAUUUAAUAAACUAAGCUCUUCUCUAAUUCUUUUACUCAAGACUGGAUACACAAAGGCAACUUUUUGUUAAUUAUAUAUCAUUUUUCAAGCAAAUUGUUUGCCUAGAUUUUUUUUUUUUAUCAGAAAGGUUAGUUAAUUGAGAAUUUUAUUUCAAGUCUCCUAAACCAUUCUUGAAGUUAAUGAAUUUAUUGCUAUGCAGAAAUAAGUAAUUUCAAACAUAGGAGAAAAAAUUAUCAGUUAAGUCAUAUUGUUUAAAGGGCAGAUUUUAUUAUGAAGAUAUUUUAAAUAAACUUUUUAGUCUUUCAAAUAUAAUAUCUUUGUAUCUAGCUUUAGGCAUUUAAUACAGAUACUGUUAUGAGUCCAUAGCUAUGCUGAGUCAAAUUGUUUGAUAAUAAUUCAGAAAUAUAAUUUUCAAAAUGUUAGUAUAAAAAUUAUCAUACUACAAGACAUAGAAUUAUUCAUUUUAAUUUUUAUAUAUUCAAAAUUCUUCUUAGUCUAAGCAUUUUAAUAAUCAUUUGGGAAUUUUUCAGUAGUUCUGAUCAGUUAUCUGAAAAUUUUUAAGUGCAAACUGUUUAAUACUUCAAAUCUUGUGUGAUUUAUGUAAUUUAUAAAAUUAAUUUAAAAUUCGAAUGAGAUUAAAAUGGUUUCUUCUUAAAUAAGAUAGAAUGUUUAAUAUAUCAUUAUUUUAAAUCUUUGUUAUACAGCAUAAUUUUACUUGCAGUUUCAAACCUUCAAUCAAAAAAUAAUUCAUGAGAAGUGGAAGAACAAAAUCGAAACUUCUAAAGAAUAUUCAGUUUCAGUAGUAAAUAUUAGCAUAAACUGUUUUAAGAAGAGAAUCACUUUAUACUGUGUUUUCUUAUAUUUUUACAAUAAUUCUUAAACAGAAUUUCCAAGCUGUAAGUUAUAUAAAAUAUUUUCAAAUCUCUAGUAUUGUCAGUUUAGUAUGGCUGAAGUAGAAGUUUUAACUCUCAAAUGUAGGGAAUUAUGAAGAUUGGAACCACUGUGCUUAUGUUGUUUAAAAUCAGUACAUAUUUUAUACAAAUAUUUAAAAUUUUAUGUAUUCAUAUUUGUGCUUGUCUUAGAGAUGUAUAUGUAUGUAAUAUCUAGGUAAUUGUAGACAGUUUCAAAGUAUAUUCAUAGUGUAAAUAUGUGGAUGUAUAUAUGUGUUUAAGAGUUAUAUAUGAAAAUGUAAAAGUGCAAUUUGUCACCACAAUGCUUGGUAGUAAGCACAUUUAGAUAUUUAGGUGUCUGUACAUUUUAAUAGUGUUACCAGUAUAACACUACAUCUGCACAAUGUAGUUGUACAUAAAAUUUUAACCUGAGAACUAAUAGUAUUUUGGCUUAAGAAAAUAUUCAUAAUCUUUUGUGAUUUCCUCAGUCAAUUGCAAUAUGAAUUUAAAAUGCAUAAUUAAUUAAUUGCUCAUAUUUUUUAGAAUCUUUAAAGUGCAUUUCAAUCUUUCCAGUCUUCUCCAUUUAAAUCUAGAAAUUCAUGUUAAAUUAUUCAUUUUGAAUAUAGUCUAAAAGUAUGGAUUUUGUGGUCAUGAGUACCUGAACAAAUGUAUUCUUGUCUGCUGAAAGCUAUAAUUUUUCUCAUGAUAUUAAAAACUUCUUUUGAGAUAUAGAAUAUGAUUAUCAAUGUGUAAAUGUCGUUACUUGCGAGUCUGAAGAAUGAUAUGUAUGUACAUGUGCUAGAUCUGUUAAAGGCAUGUCUUUCUUGAAAAAUAUUUCAAGUAUUUGUAAUGUGAAUGAAUGUAUAACAGAAGUAGUACCUUUUAUUUCAGCUGCCAAUUAAAUUUUGUUUGUUUUUGUACUUUUUUUUUUUUUUUUUUUUUUUUUUUUUUUUAAGUUUUACAUCCAACUUUCAGUUUUUAAAAUAUUCUGCUUCAGUAGAGCAAUGUUUAAAUAAAAUUAUUUAAUAAAGUAGAAUUUUAAAUAUAAUAUAUAUAAAUCAUAUUUCUUCAGUAGAAGACAAACAUUUUGAUAGACUUAUUAAUGGUAGUGUAAUGUUAAUUUAAUAAAUAAAGUGGAUACUUAUUGAUGAUAGAAUGCAUGUUAUAUAUAAUAAGCAUGUGUAGGAACUAUAUAUAUAAGAAAUUAAUGAGAAAUUUUUAAAAAAAUUAAAGAAUGGAAUAGCUAUUUUCAUAUUUGGCAGGAAGACAGAUAAAUUUUGUUAAACUUGUAGUAGUUUCUGGAUUUUUACCUUGCCUUUUGUUUUAUGCAUAUUUUAUUACACUACUUAAUUUUUUCAAGUGAGUUUAUAUAAUCAUAUAUUAGUUGAAAAGUAGAAAGUCAAAUUUUUAAA